AUGCCCAAUUACAGGAUACAGGAAGUGAUAGAGAGAAGCGACUCGAGCAAGCUUCAUGUCGUAAUUGUUGGAGCCGGACUUGGUGGUCUCGGUGCUGCAAUUGCUGUCCGUCUCGCCGGCCACGAUGUCACGGUUUUGGAGUCUGCACCAGCAAUCGGCGAGGUCGGCGCUGGUAUUCAGGUCCUUCCCAACGCUGCUCGAGUUCUUUUCUCCUGGGGUCUUGAGAAGGAAUUGGUCAAAAAUGCUACGAAGCCAAGAAAGUGCAACUUCAUCGGAUGGAAAGGAAACCAUCUCUCGGAAAUGGAUUACCACGGCUAUGCGGCUGCCUCGGGAGGAUACCCUUUCCUCGAUUUUCAUCGCGCUACUUUGCACAAAGCACUCCUUGACAGAGCUCAAGAGCUGGGUGCUAAGAUUCUCUGUGGAUCUAAAGUCUUGUCUUACGAGAUAGCGGCCGACAACAGCCACGCAACAGUGUUUCUAGAAGGAGGUCAAACCAUGAAAUCUGACUUAGUGGUCGGUGCUGAUGGCAUCGCUUCUUCACUCAGAGAACAGUUCCUCGGCCGAUCUGAUCCUCCACAGUUGACAGGAGACUUAGCAUACCGGCUCCUGCUUUCGACAGACGAGAUGAGAAAGGACCCAGACCUGAGACCAUUCGUGGAGGACCCCCAAGUCAACUACUGGGUCGGCCCCGAUAAACAUGCAGUCAACUACGUGCUGAAAGGAGGGGAACUCUUCAACAUGGUCCUUUUAGUGCCAGAUGAUAUUCCACUCGACAGCGGCAACACGUUAAAGGGAAAUAUCGAAGAGAUGAGGGCCCAUUUCGCCGAUUGGGAUCCACGUAUCGGAAAGAUGCUAAACCUUUGCGACUCUGUUCUCAAGUGGAGAUUAUGCAUUCGUCCUGGCCUCGACCCAACUUGGUCACACCCUUCAGGAGCCUUGACUAUGCUUGGUGACUCUGUUCACGCAACACUACCAUAUCUCGCCAGUGGUGCGGGUAUGGCUCUGGAAGACGGCGGUGUCCUUGGGCUGUGUCUUGCCAAGCUUACCGAUAAAUCACCCGCCUCGAAGCUGAAGGCUUUAGCUGUCUACGAAGCAUGUCGAAGAGCGCGUACAGAGAUGGUUGUGAAAAGAGGAACAUAUAACCAAUGGAUAUAUCAUCUUCCCGAUGGCGAAGAGCAGAGACAGCGAGAUGAACGGUUCAGGCAAUAUGGAAAGUGGGAUAAGGAGUGGCUCAGUGGAGAGAACCCGAUCAUACCGCGGUCCUCAGAGACAGGAGAGGAUCCAUUCCCUUGGAGAUAUCAUGGAGUUGGGCGAUGGCUGUUGACGUAUGAUAUGUGGAAGGAUGUUGAUGAGAAGUUCUCGCAGCUUGAUUCUGAGGCCAGUAGUGGUUCACUGAGAGCAAGUCUCUGA